AUGGUAGCUAGGGAACACAGUGGCAGUUGCGACUCUGGAAUAUGUUUGGAAGUUGCAGGGAUGAGAGCUGAAACAAAUGAAGAGUUUGUCGCCCAUGGCAAGAGUGAAAACCCUUUAGCUAGCAUUGCAGAAGAUGCAGCAGAUUUGCAUNAUGAUUCGAUUGAUGGAAAUUUGAAUGUAGGUGAGAAUGUGUCUUGUGCAUCAAAUCCUUCUGAUGUUCCUCGCCGCGCCAGCGGUAUCUUGCCGUGGUCAAAAUCUCCUAAAGUCCAGCGCAAAAGCAAGUUAGAUAAUGAUGCAGAUUUGCAUGUCAGUCCACCCUCUGCUCCUGUUAUCUUCAAGGCACCAGAACAGAACGGAGAUGAUUCUCCAUCUAGAGUAUCCAUUGAACACAAGCUAGCAGAUGAAUCGGUUGAUGGAAAUUUGCGUGUAGGUGAGAAUGUGUCUCGUGCAUCAAAUUCUUCUGAUGUUCCUCGCCGCGCCACCGGUAACUUGCUGUGGUCAAAAUCUCCUAAAAUCCAGCAUGAAAGCGAGUUAGAUGAUGAUGAUGAUAUGAAUCUGCAGUUGCACAAUGUGGACCGUGAGGAUCCAUUAUUGGGUGAAGAUCUAACCUGCUUAUAUAAUCUUUCUGAUGGUCCAUCAAAAGAAGGUGACACCUCACCUUCAUCGUUGGCUGUAAACCAUCCAAAUCAUCUGAAUGGUUUAGGCAAUGAGAAUUCAAAUGGUAUUUCUGAGGGUUCAGCUCAAACGCUGGAUAUAUCGGGUGCUCCUCACAAAGAAUGUGGCAAACACUCAUGGUUUACCAUGUCUCAUGAUAAAACUGCUGAAGAUACAUACAUGAAAAAGCCACAUAACCUGACCACCACAGAGAUUGAAGCUGGUGAUGCAGAUGGAGAGCAUGAAGAAACGUGUGGGGCAUUCAGUGAUGCAGUUACAUCUGAGCCGGGAGACAUCAGUAAGAACUGUGGAGUAGAUGACCUCAAUUCGGUUGAUGUGCUGAACCCUCAGAUUCCAGAAAUUGCAAAUGAUAUUCAGCCCCUUGAAUCUGGAAAAGUGGAGAUUUCAUGUUCUAAGCAGGAAAAUUAUGAUGAAGUAUCAAGUAUGACGAAAUUUGAGGAAAAAGAUAGUGUUGUCCCCAGUGAGCUUUUGUAUGCAAGUGCAUCUACUGGUUCAAUUACCUCUCAACAUCUCGAAUCAUUGGCCAAAGAAGCAAUACUCUCAGAUGAGACAGAACAUAAGAUAGAUAAAUCUGAUGUCACAGAUGAGACUGCUUCUCUUGCUGCCUUGGCUUAUAAAGAAGAUAUUGAUGAUCUAGACUCGUCUUUAGAUCAGAAAAGGUUUUCAGAAGAAUCUGUUUGCUUAAUUGGACAUUCCAGCCAGAAUGAAUUGGAAACUGAUCUACCUGAUGGCCAUGUAGAAUCAAAGUUCGAGAUACAGAUAGCCGAUUCCCCAGAUUCUAAUUCCUUCGUGCAUGAUGCAUCCAACUAUCAUCAUCCCGAGCCAGAGGUUCUUGACACUCUUUCUGACAACAAACUUUCUUUUGAUGCUGAAAACAUGUUGGAAUCAAACACUGCUUCCAGUCAGUCACCAUUAAGCUUGGAUACUGAACAAGUAUCCUCCCAAAGGAAGAAUGUUGUUGAUUCCACUGAAGAUGCUUCAUCAUUGCAAACUAUUUCUCUUGAAGAAGGAAAGCAUGAAUUAAAAGAUGAUCAACUCAAUGAGGAAUUACUGGACGAUGAUGAAUCACCUCUCAUGGAGCAAAUGCAGCCUUCAAGUCAUGUUGACCGAGCAUUGGAUGCUUCUUCCCUAUCUUUGCUGCCAAACCUUCCAAGUCAAGAUGCAGUGCCAGAUGUUAUAGCCCACAGCAGCAAUCAAGAUCCUCAACCCUUGCUAACUGAUAACUGUGCAGAAGAGAGGGCUGAGUCAGCAAUCCACGAGCAUGAUAAAAUGGAGGUGCUGGAUAAUGGUGAGUCGAAAUCAGAGCCAUUAGCUCUGUUAGCCCAGCCACAACAGGUGGAUUCAUUUGACCUUGAACAAUCUGCUGAAGCUUCUUCAAUUGCUUCACCAACAUUUAGUCCCAGUCAAACUUCAUUUCCAGAGCUUUUAUCACAGAGCAAUCAAGACAGUUUGACAUCUUUGCCAACCCACCACUCUGACAGAAAAGAGGACGAGAUACCGUGUAAAGAACCAGAUGAAGAGAAAUUGAUAGAUGAAGGUGUUGCUAAAGAGGAGCUGUUACCUCAGUUUGAAGAGGCACGCCUCUCCAAUCAUGCUGAUAUAGUUGGAGCCGUCAGUGCUUCUUCUAUACCAUUUAUGGCAAAUGUUCCAUGUCAAACUUCAGUUUCAAAUCCCUUACCUCUUAGCAGCCAUAAUGUUAAUCCUUUUGAACACGGGAAUACAAUGAUUUCUACCUCUCCUGGCUUUGUCCUGCUUCCUGGUGACCAGAUCGAUCUGGCGGAAAUGCCCCCAUUGCCUCCUCUUCCUCCAAUUCAAUGGAGGAUGGGAAAAUUACAUUCUUCCCCUGAUUUGGAGGAGGAGCUAACACAGCAUCAUAUAGGUGCCAAUUCAUCAAGUCUGCCACCUAGGACUGAUCAGAAUGCUCAACCUGUGAAUCGAAACAUGGCACUGUCAGCUGUAGCUACAGAGAGUACAGCUCUCAGUUGUGGAAACAGUAGAGUUAGGUUUAUUGAUCCAGGUGAUAAACACUCUGUAAAGCCUCACUUCCCAUUGCCAGGUCAAUAUCAUGAGGUGCAGCAGUCUACUUUGCAUGCCAUGAGAGGAGGGGAAACACAGCCUGUUAAUUCUAUCUCAGAUGUAACUUCUCUGGAUAAACCUUCUACUGAUGCUUUGGGUUCAAGUGAAGAACUUAUCCAACCACUGAGUCGAGUUGCUCCAGAAUUUCUUUUAGACGAACAAGGCUCUGAUCAUUUGGAACAACAUAUGCCAGUAACUGAUGGAAUAAAACCAAAAGCAGCUCCUAUAAAUACAGGGCUUACAGACGCUUCUGAGUCAUUAUGCCUUGAACCAUCUCAGCCCCAGUCCCAGUCCCAGUCCCAGUCCCAGCAUCAUCCCCUCCAUCUGUUAGCACCGGAGACUAGCUUAAACAGAUCCAAUCUUGAAGAAACCCCUACGAGAUUGGAGAAAAAUGUGGUGGCUCACGGCACAUUUAUUCCAUCAUUUACAGAAAAUGCAAAGCCUGAUCACAAUAUUCCACCUACAGAGGCGGAAAUUAUUUGGCCAGCUGUGGAGGAAGGAAACACUAAUGGGGUCCGCAUGGUGAAACUACAAAGACCACGGACUCCACUAAUUGACGAUCUUGCUGUGCAUGACAAAAGCAAAUUGAGAAAGGUAACAGAGCGGGUUAGGCCUGAAAUACAGAAGGAUGAUGAAAGAGAUUCUCUCUUGGAACAAAUAAGGAAAAAGUCAUUCAAUUUGAAACCUACAGUUGCAACAAGACCUAGUAUUCAGGGUCCUCAAACUAAUCUGAGAGUUGCUGCCAUUUUGGAGAAAGCAAAAACAAUUCGUCAGGCCUUUGCUGGAAGUGAUGAAGAAGAUGAUGAGGAUUCUUGGAGUGAUUCAUGAAAUUAUCUAGCACUAUGAAAAAUUCCUAGUGCCAUGGAUUCCAAAAAAUCUGUUACCACAUUCUCGGUGAUCAAGCUGACAGUGAAACAGAUUUAAGUGUCUCUCUCUUCUCAGAAUAUUCCAUGGUUCUCUCACCCAUUGUAAAAUACGCUCUCCCACUCCUUUCUCCCUCUCUAUAUAGCAUGUAGCCAAUUGUUAGUGUUGUCUUCAUUCCAUAGUAUGAAAAGUAUAUUCAAUCAUGAGAUCGCGUGUAAGCGCGUUGUUAUUCAUUUUUCAUGUAAAGGCAGUUAUGUAUUGCAUCUCUUGUUUACAAAGUUAGUGUAAAGGGCCUGGUCAAUUUUUGUAUCUACCAUAUAGUAGUAGUGGCUUUGCUUUGUCUGGAUUGAGAGAGUAUUUACGCUGUAACUGUUGAAAUUUAGCGUAUACGUCAGUCAAACAAUUCUGCUGUGUAUAAAGUACUGAUAUUUUUCACA